CCUGGUGCACCCGCACAGGACGGUCACGGAGCCUUACCCUCUCGAUCCCGCCCUGCUUCCCCGGCCUCUCCCGCCCUCUCGACCGCUUCAACCGUUGACGGCGAAGAGGACAUCGAGUUAUCCCCCGUCCUCCCUCCGCUCCCGGCUCCUCGUCUCCCGGACAGGGCUUUGCAGCUGCUGAGGACACCGCCGCCCGGUGCUUUAGAGGACGGCCAAUUUGGCACUGCUAGCUGGGGCUCCCCUUACCCUCAGUCAGAUAGCAACCUCCGCCGUCAGAGUUUCAGCAGCGACGCUUCGGACGACUCACCAAUCCAUCAUUUAGACCUCGAGACCCCUUUUCUCCGUCCAGUCCCCGAACUUUCGCGGUCGCAGUCGGAUCGGAACUCGCCUUUGAGCGCUGCCGCUGCCGUUCUUGCGAACCGUGUCCGCCGACAGACCCGUGGACUUACCGAGGAUUGGAUCCGCACCCAUACUACCGACGACCAGAACGACGAGAGUCGCCAUUGGUUUAGUGACGGCAGUGAAAGCGAGCACUCUUCAUUGAGCGGCUCCGGACCCGGUUGGCAGGAAGAAGGUGAAAUCCGCACACCCCGAGCUCCCCAGCGGACCAUCAACCUCACAACCACCACCACGUCUCGACAAGGAUCCUGGCACCAACCCCGUGCCCGGUCCAGUAUCGAGACCCUCAGACCAGGGGAUUCCCUCAGUCCCAACAACACGGGACAGAACAGCAGUAUGGCGACCUCCGAAGCCGCGCCGGCAACCCACGACGCGGCGAGCGACAGGUCUCAGGCCGCCUCCCCAUCGGAAGUACCUGUCGCAGAUAGCCCUAAGAAGCGCAUGCCCAGUGUCAAUGGCAUCAUGGAGCCCAAGCUUCCCGCGACCCCCAUCAAGGGCAGCCAGAAGCCUCUUCCCAAGGAGCCCGCUAUGACGCCCCGCAUAAGGAAGAAGGUGCCUUGGAGAGGCAAGAACAUCAUGGUCCUCAUCCCGCAAGAUCAGGAGCGAGGCCAGUCCGGCCAUGCACCCAUGCCGCUUCGCCAGGAUGAGAUUAAGAGAAUGUUUUCUUCAUGGCAAGAGCUCGGAUAUGAUAUUUCGGGCUUCGAUCUGGAGGUAGAUGGCUACCAAGCAGAAGGAACCGCAGACUCUCAGACUCGGGAUUCUUGGCCCAAUUUUGACGAGGUGGACAAGGAGCGAGAGGAGCGAGCCUUCAAGGUCACACUUCCUGACCUGAACGCUUGGAAGAACUACAUGGAUGAGCUGCAGGAGGCCAAGCUUAGAGCACUUGGCUUUAUGCCUGGACGACCAUCAACUCAGAGCCCUGGCAUCAGCCAUGGCGCAUCUCCACUCUCCUUCUCUGCAUUGCCCGGAAAAUUCAACCCUAGGCAGUCCAUCUCUCUGCCGGCUAGCAGCUCGCCUUUCGGUUUCCAGCACCAAUCACCGCAAAGUUGGAACCAGGCAGGUAUCCUGCAAGGCCUGAGCCGUCAUGAUUCGCCUUCACUUAUGAACCUGAACGGCCUCAUGUCGCCUCAGUCACCAUUUGGACCUGAAAGCCCUGGCAUCCCCAUGCAUCAGCGCCACCAGUCCCUGCAGUAUCCCAUGCUCCCCCACCAGCAGUACUCGUUCCUUCAGCCAGCUAGGGCAUCCCCUCGCUUGCAGGAAGUUCGAGAAGAUGAGGAGGAGCCUGUUGUUGAGAGCCCUGUGAGGUCGCCUGAGCCUCCUGCGCAGCAGAACCCCGACACAUUGCAGGCUGAGAUUGACGACGCUGAGUACCAUCUCGAGGAGCAGCUCCGUAAUGAGCUGGAGCACGAGGACUACAACCCUCAGCCUCAGAACGACGAGCCCGCACCUCUGCCGGAUCCUUUCGUUCCUGCUCAUGAUCGACAAGCCUCUAAUCAUUUCCCAGUUCCAGAGCGGUUUGCCAAUGAGCCUACCAAGCCUCUGGUCCUGCACCAUCCCAGGCCCCACAGCCGUGGUCAUUCACUUUCUCAGGGAUACUUCCGUGAUCACAAUGAGAACAAUGUCACUGCUGAUGAGAGCAAUCUGACCAAGUUCAGCAGUCUCAAUGAGAUCCCAGAGACCCACAAGGGCGAUGAAGUCUUUGAGAUUGAGACAAACCCCAGCAAUCUGGGUACACCUGUUCAGGACUUUGAUUUCCCCGCUGGCUUUGGUCACCAGAAGAACUUCUCAACCGCCAGCAAUCCCUGGAACGAUGCUGGUUCAGUUGCUAGUGGUGGUAACGCGGCUAGACGCUCCAGCCACGCCAGCAAGCCCUCGCUGUCUAAGCUUAAUGUGCAGGCACCUGAGUUCAAGUUCAACCCCACGAGCAGCUUCACACCCGGGCAGUUCAACUUCAAUGCUAGCAGCUUUAAGCCAACCACCGCCAGCUUCCAGCCUUCUGUUUUCCAGGCCAACACGAGCGUGUUCAGCUCUCCCCCAGCCAACCCGCCUACUCAUGUGACGCCUGCCAAGAUCCACGCGACCGCCCCGUCAUUCUCUCCUGGCCAGAGUGCUUUCAGCUUCUCAGCUUCAGGUCCCAAGUUCAAUCCCGACGCGCCUACCUUUACGCCUCACUCUGAUUCGUUCACUAGCCCUGUCGCGUCCGGCAGUGAGAGCAAGGGUCACCGUGGAAGCAUCUUCGGAAGCAUUGAUCUCAGAUCUAGCGCCUUGAACAAGUCCAAGGCCAUUCCGAUCAUCAGACCAUCCAGCACUUCGUCUGCGAGGUCGCACGGCGGCGAUGAGACGCAGGAGGAUGCAGAUGGACGACCUCUCGUGGAUGAAAACAGAGUCAAGCGCGCGCGUAGCUCUGCGCCCGGUGGCGACGAUGUGCCGCUCUUUGCUGAGCAACCAAAGGAGCCUGAGCUUCCCUUGCAUGAAUCUGAAGCAUCCGGCAAGGAUGAGGCCUUCGGAGAGGACCGCCGUGUGGAGACUGAGCAAACUCUGCCUGCAGAUACAUCCAUGUCCUCAAUCGUCACUUCUGACCCCAUUGAUACCAAGGCCACAACCGCGGCUCCCUCGGCGGCGCCAUCUGAGGAUUCACCUGCCGACCAAGGCAUCAACCGCUGGAAGCCUUUCGAGUUUGAAUCCAACGUGGACAUUCAGAGCUUCAACGACGCCCGACCAUACGGUGAAGACAACUUUAAGCACGGCCACAAGAAGACUCUUUCUGCUGCAGCCCAGCCAUUCACUCCCGGUGCGGCUUCUUAUGGGGACGCCACCCAGACAGAACAAGAAGAAGAAUCCGACGCGUCUCCCGUGGGCAGCCCCAUUCCGGCUCGCGCCCCUGUUGGCCUUGCUGGUUCUCGAUACAGCUCUGGCCAGUCUCAACCUAGGACUGUUUCUAAGGGACUCAGUGCUUCUCGCUUUGCUGAUCCUGCACCCAAGCCCAAGGGCCUGGCUGCCUCCCGGUUUGCCAGGAGCCCUACGCCAGAUGAGAAGCCCCUGCCUCCUGUACCUGUCGAGGACGACGUGUUGGAAUCCGUUGAGCACGACGCCGAGUUCGAGCCUGAGCUUUCUGCUACUAUUACGAACCCUGCUGGUGGUGACGGUACUGAGCCUACCUUUGAAGAGAUUGACGCUGUUAUGGACCAGUUCUUUGACGAUCCUACCAUGGGCGUCAACAAGCACGAGCCUUCUUGGCAGCAUGGCAGCCCUACCCGCAACCUCUCGAUCGCAGCUGUUGCCAACUCAUCGCCUUACCGACUGGAGCCUGUUAACCACUACGCUAGGGACGAGGCCAGCCUCACUCCUCGCGAGUACCACGCUCUUCCCGAGUCUUCUGCUCAGCCUAUGUUGAGCACUGAGCUUGAAGAUCCUUUCAUUGACCCACCUGAGCCUUUGGUCACUCCUGAUAAUGCUGAUGUUGUUGAUGGUGAAAGCUUGCCAGCUAGUGAUUGGGAAGCUGCCUUCACCGAGGAUGAACACGAGAAGCUCAACAACCGGGCUCAAUUCUUCGAUGGACGUGUCAACGAAGUGGUCGGUAACCUCCUGGCAUCUCGCCUCGAGCCUCUGGAGAAGACCUUAUUCUCUAUUCAGCAAGUUCUCGCCACUAGAGCUCGAAGAACUCCUUCGUCUCGCCGUGAUAUGCGCAGCGUUUCUGCUGAGCUGCAGCAGAGCGAUGCCGAUGAUGAGGACGAGGAGCCCAUUCCUCGCCGUUCUAUGAGCCCCCGAAGGGAUCGCCGCAUGGAUCAGAUCCGCGUGGCUGUGCUCGAAGGUCUCUCUGCUCAUCAGCGCAGCCAACCCUCACUCUCCCCAGCCCCCGCUCUGGCUCCUGGCCCUGCACCAACAGCUGUUGAGGCACCUCCUACGGUUAUUCUGGAGGCCCUCGAAGAGAUGAAGAAGCAGAUCAGUGACAGCAUGAAGGGCAACAAUGACUUGAAGAGGAUUGUGGAGGAAGUGGUUGAGCGUGUGCCUGCCGGCCCCAAGCCUGAAGAAGUCCAAGAUGCUAAGACUGAAGAGUUGCUGGCCAAGAUCACAGAGAUCGAGCAGCGCCUCUACUUUGAGCAGACCAAGGUCGAGAACGAGGUUGCUGAGCGAAGAAUGGCCGAGGACUUGGCUGCUGAGCUUAUGCGCAAGCUUCAGGCUGCCGAGACCCGUGUCGAGGUUGAGAUUAUCAACCGCAGCGUCUUUGACCAGCGCGUAGCUGACCUUGAGGAGAGACUGCGCACGGCCGAGGAGCUCAGUGAGCAGUCCGUCAUCGUGCGCCGUGCCGCCGAGGACAAGCUUACUGAAGCGAGGGUCCAGCAUGAAACUGCCGCUGAGGAAGUUGUUCGACUUCGUGAGAUCAUUGAGCAGCGAGACCACAAGCUCCGCUCUGUGGAGCAGGCCAACAGCAAGACUGCUAUGCGGAUUGCUCUUCUGGAGGCUGCCCAAAACAACGCGGCUCAGGCUCAGACUGAGGCUAUCAGCAGGUGCAAGGUUAUGGAAGCUGAGUUGAAGGAUGUUCGCCAAGACAACCACCACUGGCGUGCCGAGGCUGAGCGUUAUGAUGAAUCUGCCCGACAGAAGGGUGCCGAGUUGACUCGUGCCCUUGAGGAGAACCAGCAUAUGCACAAGUCUCUCACCACCCUCACCACCCAACUUGAAGAGAACGAGCGCAUGCGUGAGUCCUGGCGAGGCAAGUUCAUUUCUCUCCAAGAGGAUAUGGGCCGAGCCGCUCGCGAGAUUGCUGAGGACAAUGCCCGACGCAUCAAGAAGGACCAGGCCAUGCUCGCUCGACAGGAGGUGUUGGAUGCUCGUCUCCAAGCUGAGGCUAAGACCCGAGAGCGCUUGGAGGUUGAGAUGGAACGUCUUCAGUCUAACGAACGUGCCGGUAUGCGGGCCACCAACGAGUGCGCUCGUCUCGAGAGCCUGAUUGGCGAGCUCAAGACCGAGAACCACAAGCUUGAGCAGAAGGCUGCCCGAUACCAGCGUGAGUUCGAGGAGGCCCGCGAGUCUGGUGCCAGCGAGGUCAAGAGAACUCGCAUGGCCCUCCAGACUGAGAUCGACUCUGCCAACAACCAAGUCAACUUCAUUCGUGAGGAACUUGAGGAGCAGAACUCGAAGCUUCGAGCCGAGCUUGACCACGUCCGACUUGAAGCCGAUACCGCCAAGGCCCAGAGCGAGAUGCUUCUUGAGGAGGCUGAGAACAGCAAGACAAUCGAGCUUGACGAGUUGCGUGCCAAGCACCUCAACGAGUUGGAGGAUCUCCAGACCCGAUAUGAGCGACGCGUCAACAAUGCCCAGGAGGAUGCUCACAAGACCGAGCAACACCUCUUGGAGCGUCUCAGCCUGUCAGCUUCCAAGACUGAACACCUUCAAGAUCGCAUCCUCCACCUCGAGGACAAGCUUGAGAUUGCCAAGCAGGCUGCCGCUGCCGCUGCCCAGGCUGCCAAGUCUGCUGGUGCUGAGGUGCCUAUCGCUGCUCCUCAGGUCAAGCAUGCCUCGCGAACCCUCGACCCUCCUGAGAAGAUCUCGCCGCAGGCCCUCCGGGAGUCCAUCAUGGUUCUCCAGGAGCAACUGCAGGCCCGUGAGCAGCGAAUCGAGGAGCUCGAGCACUCCUUGUCCAAGGCGGAUCCUGAUGCCGCAAGCAAGAUCACCAAGCGAGAUGAUGAGAUUAGCUGGCUUCGUGAGCUCCUUGCAGUUAGGCACGAGAACUUGCAGGACAUCAUCGCGGCACUUCAGAGUGACCGCUUUGAUCGCGAUGCAGUGAAGGAUGCCGCCAUUAGACUCAAGGCGAACCUCCAGAUGGAGGAGCAGGAACGGGAGAGAGCCAUGAACGGUGGCUCUGCCAUCAACCUACCCAACAUUGCCCAGACUAUUCAGAAUGCCACUCCUCGGGUUGCCCAAACGAUCGGUCCUAUCGCCGCCGCUUGGGGCAACUGGCGCAAGGGUAACCGCAGCUCGCCAUCUCUGAGCAGCUUCACCAAUGUCCUAAACUCUCCUGUCGCUGGACGAAACGCCACUCCUUCGAGGAGUAACUCGAAUGCGCAGAACAGCCUGCUGGGUGGUCUUAUGACGCCCCCAGCUUCUGGACUGCGACAAACACCCCCUGUGGACAACAGACCACAGCCCACCGCCUUCGCUAGCACUGGACGUCGCUUCCCAUCAAGCGGCGGGCCAGGACGAUCGCGAGGAAUCUCAAAUACCUCGCAUCGAUCAGAGCGAGUAACCACGCCGCCUCCCAGGGAACCAGAGGAGGAGCCCAUGACUCCCCCGAUGAUGCGGACGAGCGGCUACGACUCGGAUGCGCAACCUGGAGACUUUGAUGAUAAUGACUUCUUCGAAGAGGACUGAGCGGACGUGUACGGUUCUUUCUUUGGCGGCAAGAGGCGGGAGGGACUGUUCUGUCAUAUGAUUUUAACUCUUUUCCUUUUGUUUCCUUUGUUACAAGCAAGAUCAAUAUUGCAUCGAAAAACGGCCGAUACAUGCAUAUUCGCGCUGCCUUAUUCCACCUUACUUAUUACACUAGUUUCACCCAAGACUGCGAACCUACAAAGAUACCCCCUUUGGAUUGAUGUUUAUGCCACACAGAUUGGGAUUUUCUCUUCUUCUUCUUUUUUAACCUUGUUUCUUUCUUCUUUUUUUACUUUGUCAUUCAUUUGUCAUGUUUCGAAAUGAGGCUUCAGCUUCUGUUUAUGAGAGAGAAAGGAAAUGGGAUUCACCAAAAAAGGGGCCAUGGAUUGGCUGGCGGAAGAGGGAAAACCAUCAACAAAAAGGACAAAAAACACCAAAAAAAAUGAAUGUCUGAAAAUCAAAAGUUGUUUUUGAUCUUUCUCAUUAUCCUCUCCUUGUUAUGGUCUUGCCUGCAUAGCGGUGUGGUGUAUAUAUCUUACUUUCCCAACCUACUUAUAUCGAUAGGUCGUGGGAUGGGCGUGAUGACUUUACUAGUUGUACAUAAUCAUAAUUCACACUCACAGAGAGCAACAAUUGAUUGAC